CCCCUGAGACAACAACAGGUGUCCCCAAGAAAACGGAACAGUGGUCCAGGAAGAUCUACAUGACUCUUCCGUGUUUGUGUACAUCUCCAAAUCAAACAUUCUGAGAAGCCACCCGAGCAAGUGUCGUCUUCUGAAAUGCCGAAGAAGUCAACGGGUCUGAUUCAGUAUAAGCGGGGGCCGGUCUCAGGUUUCCCUGACUUGAGGGCCCCAGGUAAAUUUAGUCGGUCGCACUUGCAGUUUUGGAUCUCAGACUCAUUGAGGCCAUCACGGAGUGAAGAUCACCGGACUUAAACGCAUUUGUGGAUACAUACAGUACGAUGGUGGAAUCAUGACAUCGGCAGAGGAGGGUGAAGAGCUGGAAGAGGCCGUUGAACACUAUCCCACUGACAAAACAUGGAGUUGGACCCGUCAGACCAUGAACUACGUGGGCCAGUUGGCGGGUCAGGUGUUGGUGCAGGUCAAGGAGCUGUACCGAGGCCUCAACCCGGCCACGCUGUCGGGCUGCAUCGACGUCAUCGUGGUGCGGCAGCCCGACGGCUCCUUGCGCUGCUCGCCCUUCCACGUCCGCUUCGGCAAGAUGGGAGUCCUCCGCUCGCGAGAGAAAGUGGUGGACAUGGAGAUUAAUGGAGAGCCGGUGGAUCUACAUAUGAAGCUCGGAGACAACGGGGAGGCCUUCUUUGUCCAGGAAAUGGAAAAUAACCAGGUACAGGAAAUUAGAGUGGCUGCUGUUCACUGUACUAUGUAACCCGCACUGCGAGCGAUGCUGACUCAGCACAAGGCUCGACUCAACCACCAUUCACUCCAUGAACCGUGCCGUCUUUUCCCAAAGAAAGCGUCAAAGUCAAAGGAACAAACAAAACUGACCAAGA